GUUUGUAUAGAAAAUGACCUUGAAAAAGUGAGACGAGAACGAAGUAGGACAAAGCAAAAUGAGCUUGAAGCCUGAAACCACCGGCGAAACUGGUAUAAAAUGGCGUUUCACAUGGGAAUCCCAAUCCCACAUCCCAACCCUCCGCCUAUUCCUAUUCGAUUCCUCCACCAACCCCUCCACUCAAUGCCACGACCUCAAGGUCCACCUCAGCCUCUCAGACUCUCUCGUCCUGCUGACCUGGACCGCCGCCGGCGCCGGCGAAGUCUCGCUCAGGGUUCCCAUGCCUAGGGUUUUGCUGGACGACGAGUCGCCGGUCAGCUUCAAAGCCUUGGAUGACCACAUUGAGGUCAAGCUCUCCCUCCUUCUCCCUGUUGAUCACUCUAUUGUGCUCAACUUCGACUCUAUACUCAGUUUGAGUGAGAUGAGGUUGAAUGGAGACGAAGAGAAUGGAGCGAAACCGCUCUCGGUGGACUCCGAUGUAAAGAGUCUAUCUUCUGGGGGAGAAGUUCACUUUUAUUGCAGAAGUUGCUCAUAUAAGUUGACUGCAAGACCCCUUAGAACUUUUGUGGAAAUGCCUUCAGUCAACUGGCGAGAGGUGGCGGAUAACUGGUUUGGGAAUUGCUGCUGUUCGUUUGGAGAAGUUAGUGAGAGGCUGGUUGCUGGAUAUGCAAAUUCUUACACAAGUAAGAUUGGUGUGUGCCUGGUGAGCUCUACAAAUAUUACGCUUUGCAAAGAUGAUCUUGUUGAAUGUGAGUUUCUCGAAUCGGGUGUAUGUGAAAGACAGGAUAAUGAAUCAGAUGCCAGUGGUGAGUGUGGUCCUAAUGAAUCUGAACUUGCUCCUCGAAGUAAUGGCGGAUGUAAUGAGAUACUUAAGUCAGAAAAUAAGGAAAAGUAUAUAGAUGCUGAUUGUAAAAGUGACGCUACUAAGGAACAAAGUAACAGUGAGGGUGUGCCUCAUAGGGGUUCAGAAUCGGAUUGUUCUGUAAGAUUGACAUCAGUAGCAGUAUGCUGUGAUGAUAUGGAAAGUCAUGUGCAAAACUAUGAUGGUGAAGGCUGCAGGCAUCAUUUGUCUGAAUCUUCUACAGAGCAAAAUACAGAGAUUCUGAAAAAUCACAAAUCUUUGCUAAAUGGGUUUCUUGAAAAUAUUUUCAUGGUUAGGUCCUCCAAUCUUUCAGUAGAUGUUGAAUGGGUUGAAUUUUUCUGCCCUCAGUGUUCAUCUCUCCUUGGAGCUUACCCUUGUGAUAAUGGUGGCAGACUUAUUGAUGGUGGUGUUCGAUUGUUUAAAUGCAGUAUUGCAACUAGUCUUCCAGUUGGUGGGACAAGAGACGUUUUCAGGAAGUAUACCUUGGAGAGAAUGUUUGCAAACCAGCUACUCGAAUGUGCAAAAGAUCAGUUAUCAUUUAGGACCGUGGUUAGGGACCUGAAACAAAGAUCUCCAAUGCUGCAAAUUGUUCUCAUAAAUACAAAUUCUUGGUCCAGCACUGGUCAUUGUCUGGCCACACAGGGCAAUACCAAAUCAGUACCAAAGAUAGAUCUGCAUCCUGUCAUCAAGGUGCUAUUUUCCGAGUGCAGCAGCAGCACUGAGUCUCAAUUAAGGAUGUUGGAAGAUUUAAUAACAAAGGAUGUAGCUGAGGAGGUUUUCAUGCUGACACAUCAGAUAGAAGAAUUAAUCAAGUCUCUGUCAGCAAGACGGGAUUUAUUUCCACCUUCAUACUCAUCCCUCGAGGGUUUAUCUUUGUCAUCCAUGCCAAUGUAGGACUGUAGGAGUAUUGUAGACCUCAAUUUGAUUCCAACAUCUUUGGCCAAGAGAUUUGCCAAGAGUGACACAGCUGAUUAUUGGCAGGUAGGGGGAGAAGGAAGCAUAUUAAAGAGGUGAUGAUGUGUAACAAUGGAAGAUGAGGAGACUAGGAGAGUUGAUUUUGUAACUAGCUUUAAAUAGGCCAAUUAAGUUUUGAACUUGUAGUUUGGAGCAAUGUAGCAUGUAAUUUUUGAUGUAGUAGACUUGUUUUUGAAA